ACUCAGGUUAAUGGAUAGUUUCUAUUCUGUGAACAAACCAUGAAACCAAUACUAGUACCUUUGUUAGUCGUCCUAGUACAAAGUUGCAUAGUCAGAACUACGCCAAUAAGCGAGGAGGCAGACAAUGUUUUCCUUGAAAGAUACGCUCUCUCAUCAACACCAAAUAUAGUUGAAGCAGAUGGGUAUCCAUUCGAGAACUACUACGUCACUACCGGAGAUGGAUACAUUCUGAACAUCCAUCGCAUACCAUUUGGACUAAGCGGCAAGAAGAACAACAAAGUAGCCUACCUACAACAUGGUCUUCUCCAAUCGUCUUCGGACUGGAUCCUGAACGGACCAGGAAAAGCCCUGGCUUACAUUCUGGCAGACGAAGGAUAUGACGUUUGGAUGGGUAAUGCCAGAGGUAACACAUAUUCGCGUAACCACAGUGUUUUCGACCCUAACACCGACUCCAGAUUCUGGCAAUUCAGUUGGCACGAUAUUGGUGUCGUCGAUGUCCCAACCAUGAUAGAUUUCGUUCUCGAAAAAACUGGAGCAGAUGGAGUUUACUACGCUGGACAUUCUCAAGGUACCACAGUAUAUUUCGUUAUGACAUCGAUGAAACCGGAAUACAAUUCCAAGAUCAAGGCACAAGUCAGCUUGGCACCAAUCGCUUACAUGAGCCAUCUCACCAGUCCAUUACUGAGGAUCGUAGCUUUCUGGCAAAAACCAGCUGUAUUUUUAUUGGACCUCAUUGGGAUGGACGAAUUUCUACCUGGUCACGGAUUCAUGUCAAUGCUAAGUAGUAAAAUAUGUACCGAAGGGAUAGGUUCGCUACUUUGUAGUAACGUUUUGUUCGCUCUCUGCGGAUUUAGUCCAAAACAGAUGAACACAACAAAAAUACCUCUCAUUAUGGCUAAUACUCCUGCAGGAUCUUCCACCAAACAAAUUAUCCAUUAUGGUCAAGAAAUUUCAUCGGGAAAAUUUCGUCAGUACGAUUUUGGAAUGAUAGAAAACAGGAAAAAAUACGGAUCGAUCUGGCCUCCAGCUUAUGACUUGGGAAAAGUGACUGCUCCGACCUAUCUAAUCUACAGUAAAAAUGACUGGUUAGCUGCAACUAGAGAUGUAGAACAACUGUAUAAAGAACUAGGAAGCCCGAAGGCGAAAUUUUUAGUUUCAGACCAUAUGUUCAAUCAUCUAGACUUCACUUUUGGCAAAGAUGCCCCUAAACUUGUAUAUUCCAAAGUGAUCAGUCUAUUCAGUAGACACAAUUAAAUAUCUCAUCAU